AUGCGAGACGGAAAGUACGCACCCCAGACGGCUACCCUGCGCAUGAAGCAGGACAUGGAGAGCAACAACCCGCAGAUGUGGGACAUUACAGCGUACCGCAUCCUCGAGGAUAAUAAGAAGCAUAUACGCGCACCGGACUCGAAGAUGUACCCGACGUACGACUUUACGCACUGUCUGUGCGACAGCUUCGAAGGCAUCACGCAUAGUCUUUGCACAACGGAAUUUAUCCUGUCGAGGGAGAGCUACGAAUGGCUGAACAAGACGCUGGAAGUCUACGAGCCCAUGCAGCGAGAAUUUGGGCGAUUGAAUGUUACCGGCACCGUCAUGAGCAAAAGAGUGCUGAAAGCGCUUGUUGAGAGGAAGAUUGUCCGUGGCUGGGACGACCCGCGACUGUAUACUCUAAUUGCGCUGCGAAGAAGAGGCGUCCCUCCUGGCGCCAUCUUGUCCUUUAUCAACGAGCUGGGCGUCACUACUGCCCGGACAUUUAUCCAGGCAACACGCUUCGAGCAGUCUGUGCGCCGCUAUCUGGAGCAGACAGUGCCUCGUCUCAUGCUUGUUCUGGACCCUAUUCUUGUUACUAUUCAGGAUCACGAAGGUGUCCUGGAGCUCGAGGCGCCCUUUUCACCCAAAGAUCCUUGCCUUGGGACGCACAAGCUGGCCUUGACCAAGACAAUCUACAUCGAUCGAGCCGAUUUUCAAGACACUGAUGAUAAGAACUACUAUAGACUCGCGCCUGGAAAGACGGUGGGCUUGCUUCAGGGUCCGUCUCCCAUUCGCGCCGUGUCGUUUACCAGGGAUGAGGCUACAGGCAGAGUGACCGCCAUUGACGCUGUCUUUGACAAGACCACAAAGCCAAGAGCCUACAUACACUGGGUUCCAGACGGCUCCACCAAAGCGGAAGCGAGAAUUUACGCUCCGCUGUUCAAGUCGGAGAAUCCCAUGGGGGCAGAGGGGGAAUUCUUGAACGACGUCAAUCCCAGCAGCGAGACAGUGUACCCGGAUGCAAUGAUUGAGGCGGCGCACUGCGCGUCGGCUACUUUGCUGUCGACUCUGAUACUACUGAGGUAA